AUGAGAUUUAUUAAAAUUCAAGUAGGUGAAUUUGGAAAUCAGUUAGAACAAUCAACUAAUAUUAAAUCAAAUUUAGAAUCAAUUAUUAAAGGUAUUCAAGAUAAUAAGAUAUUAAAAGUAUUCGAUAAAUUCUACCAUCAAGAUGUUAUAAUGUAUGAAAAAGGUGAUUCAACUAAUCGUGUUGGUAAAGUUGCUAAUCGUAAAGCUGAAGAAUCCUUUGUUAAUAAUGCAACAAUCCAUGAAGCAAAAUUAUUAAAAACAAUCAUUGAUGGUAAUAAUACAGCAUAUGAGAUGUAUAUGGAUUUCACAUAUGGCGAACAUCGUAUCAAAAAGAAUCAAUGGGCCAUUCAACAAUGGUCAAAUGGUUUAAUCAUCAAAGAAGAAUUUUAUUAA